AUAACAUCAAUACCUCCGGUUCAAACUUGGUUAAAGGCUUCCUGGGAUGCACCACCUUUAAUACUUGAAAUACUAGAAACAAUUUCAAUUGAAAAUUCAACAAGUUAUUUUCACUUUAUUAAUGAGUUAAUAGAGAAUGAAAUAUUAUUUUUGAGUGAUGAGAAAGAAAUUUAUUCUAAAACUAUUGAAAUAAUUUCCAGCAAAAAUUAUUUGUCAAAUGAAUCAAAAUCAUUACUUGAGUUUUCAUUAUCAAUACAUUCAACAACACCAACAAUACAAACUUAUUACAAUUAUUAUAAUAGUAAAUACAAUAGUAAUGAUCAUAAUAAAUAUAAUAAUUGUAAUAUAAUAAUAGAUUAUUAUGAGAAUGUUUCAUGUGAGAUCGAAGAAUUCAAAGAGUUCAUAAAUAGUUAUAGUGGCAAUAAUAAUGAUAAUAUCAAAUUAUUGUCAUUUGAUCACAUAUUGAAGCCAAACAAGAACAUCAAUGGCAUUAAUAAUAAUAAUUUACCAAUAAUAAUCUUAUAUUCUGAUUUAAAUUCUUUGGAUUUCAUUUAUAUUCAUAAAUAUUUGAUAGAUUUAGUUAAUGAUAAUAAGAUUAUUUACAUAUUAAGAUAUAAGCCUUUAAUAAAUAAUAAUAAUAAUAAUAACAAAGAAUUAUAUUUAUCAGGAUAUGGGGUAGAAUUAGCAUUAAAGCAAACUGAUUACAUUGUACUCGAUGAUAGAAACAUAAAUUCAGAAGAUGAUAAUAGUAAUAUUGAAGAUAAUAAGAUCGAAGAUAAAUUGAAUGAUAAUUUAUUUAGUGAAGAAAUUUCUGAAAUUGUGCCAUUGAAAUCAAGUGAAAUCAAAGAUUCAAAUAACCAAUUAUCAUCACUAAUAAAAUUAUCCCAAGAUUUUCCAAAAUAUUCAUAUUCCAUUUCGCAAUUAACAUUAAAUACAUCAAUUGUAAAAGAAGUAUCAUUAAAUCAACAUUAUAUUACUAAUGAAAAUAACAUUUUAUGGUUAAAUGGAUUGAUUUUAGAUCAUAAUAAUAUUAAUCCAUUCAGUCCUGGUGUAUCAAUUGAACUGUUGACUUUGCAAAGUAAAUCAGAAUCUAAAACAUCUUUAGAUGUCACAAAAGGAUUAUUUGAUGUUAGAGAUCAGUCAAAAAAUUCAAAUUUAAUUGUUUGGUUCAACGAUUUUGAAAAAGACGAAAAAUAUGAACAUUGGCCAUCUAAAAUAUUUGAGAUCCUUAGACCUGUUUAUCCUGGACAAAUGAGAUUUCUAAAGAAAAAUUUAUUCACAACUUUAUUUGUACUUGAUUUAUCUUCAGUGGAGAGUCUUAAAACAUUAACAGAACAAAUUAAAACAUAUAUUGACAAUGAUGUAAAAGCAGUUGAUGGAUUGGUAAUAUGUUAUCAAUAA